AUGAGAGAGUACACGAGGAUUCAGAUUGAGAUCGAGAAGGAUGAGGGGGAAGCCGCAGUGAUGGAGUUAUGUUGGCGGCGAACAAUGGCAGAUCCCAACGAUGACUUCCGUUCUUCAUCGUCUCGAUGUAGAGUUCUGAUCAUCGUCACCGGUAAUGACUUCUCCACCCUUUACGCUCCCCUCAUCCGUGACGGACGUAUGGAGAAAUUAUACUGGGCUCCGACGAGAGAAGACAGAAUCGGUGUCUGCAUCGGAAUCUUCAAAACCGAUGGUCUCUCUCCUGAAGGUGUUACGAAGCUUGUCGACACUUUUCCAGGACAAUCCAUCGAUUUCUUCGGGGCAUUGAGGGCAAGAGUGUACGAUGAUGCAGUGAGGGAGUGGAUUGGAGAACAGGAUAAUGUGAAGAGAGUGCAGUUGGCGGAGACGUAUUUGGACUCGGCGGCGCUCGGAGAUGCUAACAGGGAUUCCAUUGCUAGAGGAGAGUUCUAUGGUGAGCUUAGUUAA